UUCUUCCAUCUUCCUCUCAUCUCUGGAAGCUCCAUCCGUAUUGGAAUAGGCAGCAAUUAUUCCAAUCUCUAUGAACAGAGCAUUCUGCCAUGUAAAAAAGAAGAACUACAGUGUGGUGACGGACUCUGCCUCUUAAACUGGCUGCGCUGUCGCUAUAAGAAGGACUGUGGCAGAGACUACAUGUCCAUCAAACUAACGUGCUCAAAAGUUCACUUGAACCAGAGCAGCCCAACCAGUGAAUUCCCCAGCUACAGUGAAAAUGGGAGUGAUACCAGUUUACUUGUUUCACCGCUUCUGGUGGCUGGAGUAGUGAUCGGACUUGUGCUGUUUCUAUCCUGUGUUACAAUCAUUGUUGGCAGUCUGCGAAAGGACGGACGGUUGAGACACCCACAUCUGAGGAGAGAUGCUGUUUAUGCUCCAGAUGGCUUCUCCUACGGUGGCUCUUUUGGAGAGCUGAGAUCCACCUGCAUGGAGGAGUUCCCCCCAGCUUUUGAUUUUGGUUCCUAUAUGGAUACACUUUCUCAGGUCAACAUCAUGUAUCCCGAUUCACCUCCACGCUACGACGAAUGUGUGGGGCCAGGAGCAACACAAAUAUAUAUUCCCACAGAUGAUCCCCCUCCAUAUUCUCUUAUGGACCCUUGUCAAAGAAGUGAAAUAUCUAUAAACAUUAGCCUGGAAGAGGAAGCAGCAUUUGGGACUACAGGACAGGCUGCAAAUUAUGCAGUCAGGCUGCAGGACUUGCAGCAGCCCAUUUCAUCCAUCUCUCUGCCGUCUCUCACUAUGGAGGCUGCUCCCCUGUAUGAGACAGUAGUGUGUGAACAGAAUAUCCCCAUCCCACUCGUUCCAAUGGAAGCACUGAAAAAUUCUUCCACUGAAUAUCACAGCCUUCUGAACCAAAUCAUGUGAAUAAAAGUGGCUCUUGCCUUCAGUUCUCCUGAAGAACUCAGACCGACAAAAACAUUUAAGUGGAAGAAUAAAACCUCUGAAAGUUUU